AUGGUGUUUUCCAAUGACCAAAAGGUCGACUUCAACGUCUUCCACAACAUCAUUAAUAAUAAACCAUCCCCCACAGCCGACACUCGUCGAGGAAUCUGCCCCAGCACUGAGGAGCCGCUAUGGGAAUCCCCCGUGUCUACCCAAGAAGAUGUUGACCUAGCCGUGCAAGCUGCUAAAGCAGCCUAUCCCGCCUGGCGCAAACUGUCACAGGAUGAGCGUGCAGAGUAUCUUGUCAGAUUCGCUGACGCUAUUGAGGCCCAUAAGCAGGAGUUUAUCGAUCUUCUUGGUCGGGAGGCAGGUAAGCCGCCACAAGCAGGUGCCUUUGAACUUUUUCUUGUCAUGGAGCAUAUCAGGAAGACGCCUGAGCUGAGAUUGGAAGAGGAGAAGCCCGAGGAUAAUGAGGAUCGCACAGCUAUAGUGCGAUAUGUCCCUCUUGGCGUCGGCGUCGGCAUUGUCCCAUGGAACUUCCCCAUGAUCCUCGGUAUUGGAAAAGCCUACCCCGCCAUGCUCGCUGGCAACACUUUCAUCUGGAAGCCAUCGCCGUAUGCUCCCUACUCUGCCCUGAAGCUUGCCGAGAUCGGAGCCAAGAUCUUCCCACCGGGUGUAUUCCAGGCUCUUAGUGGUGGUGACGACCUUGGACCUAUGCUUACGUCUCAUCCCAACGUGGCGAAGGUGAGCUUCACAGGGUCUACCGAGACGGGAAAGAAGAUCAUGGGGACAUGUGCCUCUACUUUAAAGCGUGUCACGUUGGAGCUUGGCGGUAAUGACGCUUCAAUUGUGUGUGACGACGUCGAUAUUCCCACCGUGGCUGGGAAGGUCGCGUUCCUCGCCUACGUUGCUAGCGGCCAGAUCUGCAUGAACAUAAAGCGUAUCUAUGUCCACAAAAGCAUCUAUGAUGACUUCCGUGCCGCUAUCAUCAGCUUCCUAGAGAACAUGAAGACCGGUGACUUCUCCGACGCUGAGGCGUUCUUCGGACCAAUCCAGAACAAGAUGCAGUUCGAGAAACUACAGCGUCUUUAUGGUGAAGUUGACAAGCAGGGAUGGAACUCUGUUUAUAACAGCAAAGGCAACAAGCCAGAGAAAGGCUACUUUGUCCCUCCCGCCCUCAUUGAUAACCCAUCCGAGGACUCAGAGAUCGUACAGACCGAACCGUUUGGACCGAUUGUGCCGAUGAUGAAAUGGACGGAUGAAGAUGAUGUUAUCGCCAGGGCCAACGCAUCUGACUUGGGUCUUGGGGCAUCAGUUUGGAGCAAGGAUGUUCCCCGCGCCAGACGGAUGGCCGAGCAGCUGGAAGCAGGAAGUAUUUGGGUAAACACCCACUUUGAAGUUGCGCCUAACGUACCUUUUGGUGGACACAAGAACAGUGGAAUUGGUAUGGAUUGGGGAUUGGUGGGAUUGAAGGGUUGGUGUAACCCUCAGGCUUACUGGGUCAAGCACUCGGGGGCGUGA